UCAUGUUCACCGCCUGGACGUGACCGAUCGCAUGCCGAGUGACGCAGAGUGUAGCUUCUCGAGUGAUAGCCUAGACGAUCGCGCAAUCAGAGAUGAAAGCUCUCAAAGGGACAGUUCGACCGUGAUCAGUGAAUUUUCGUCAACCAAGACCUUAAUGAACAUUGGCGACGACGCCAAGUUACCUCUUGACGAAGGUGAGAUUGCUUCGAAGGAAUGCCUUUCGUCGAGAAGAUAUUCCGAUCCCGUGGUAACCGAGGAAAACGCUGCUGAAAUAAGAUACUCUUGGCAAAUUUCUCAAGAGAAACUAAAUUCGACGGAAUCUAACUUGGAGCUGCGGUUACAACAGAAAGAAUUAAUUGAACAGCAUGUUGAAUCUAAAUACGUCUCAUAUACGAUGCCAUUAAAAAGCAGGAAGAACAUACUCGCAAAGUCCAGCAUGGGCAGCAAAAAGGUCAAAUCCGGCUCCGCUAUCGAGAAAUCACACGCUACAUCAGUGGUUGAAUCAAAGAGAACCUCUACAUCAAUCUCAAGAAACAUUGCAGAAAUGAGACGUCAAAGACGCAAACAGAGCGUGAAAUUGCCAAGCGUGCCAAAACAGCAAUCUCCAACUGCGAUAGAAAGCGCCGAGUAUAUUGCUCAAAGAAAAAUUGCUGGGAAAUCAUUCGCGAGCGUUGAAUCCUCAUGCCAUGAAGAGCAGAAAGCCAACGAGGCCAAAGUCUGCGAGGAUUGUUCACUGCUCGGUGAAAUUUCUAUGAGUACGUCGAUGAAGAGUAAAAGGAGGAAAAUCGUCCUCGAUUUCGGCGAAUUUCCGCCUCCGAGGCACGAGAGAAGGACUCAAGAGCCAGAGUUCUCUCAACUAAGCGCUACAACUUCUCCGGAUAAUCCGAAAUCGGAAUUCUACCUGUCGCCAAUCAAAAAAAGCGGCGAGGCGCCAAGUGACCGAAACAAGUCAGACGCAACAGGCGUCGCCGGAAAACCCAUAAUUAAAUCGACUUAUACCUAUAGAAGGAAGUACCACACGUAUCCGAAGUCAAGGAUCCCAGUCGCGAAGUACUCGAAGGAGCGACGACUCGAGAAUUACCCCGCAGACCCAAGGAUGUUCCCGUUGGAACCGAGAGAAAUCGAUCUGGAGUCUUUUCAGCAAUUGCACACGGCGGAUAGCCAAGAAGAACUGCAAGAAUUCUUACUGCUCGAAAGCCAAUGCAGCGGAAAUCUCGGCUUGGCCAGCGACAUGUCUGAGGCAACUUACGACGAUCACCCUAGCGAAGACGAGGGGGGAUCGAUGUCAGAUUACUGACAUCAGAUUUGUGCGAGCGACCUCCACGUCGGAUAUAGUAUCAGGUAAGAGAGAUUCUCGUAUCGCUUGAUUCGUCUCAGCAUCGUGGAAAAGCGUUUACGUAGUAAUGUUACAGAAAAG